GAGAGAGAGAGAGAGGAGGACAGGCAGAGCUAGUGAGAGAGGCAGAGAGAAAGAGAGAGAGAGAGAGAACAUCUCCUGCAGGCAGUCAGGCUGUUGGAUUGCAGAGACAGACGGCACGAGCUGCAAGAGAGAGUGUGACCGUGUCUCGCGCGCACGCUUACACACGCACGCUCGUGCACAUACACACACACACACGCACGCACGCACACACACUCACUCUUGAGGAGGCAAGCAGCACGCAGCAGGUCACCUGGCGAGUCGGGGGAAAAGCACAGGGCUAGAGCUGCUCUCUCCUCGCGUUGUGAGCCAGCGCAGCUUGGACCGGACCGGACCCCGAGCGCCCCCCCUGGCGUCCUCCUCCGAGCGCUGACCUCCCGCCGCUGACCCUCAACCCCUGACGCCCCGCGAGCCGAGCGGAUCUCCCAGCUGGACUCCAGCCUCCUCUUCGCCCUCGUCCUCGUCCUCCUCCUCCACCACCGCACGCCGCCAUGAACUUCCUGCGCCGCCGCCUCUCGGACAGCUCCUUCAUCGCCAACCUGCCCAAUGGCUACAUGACGGACCUCCAGCGGCCGGACCCUCCUCCUCCGCCGCCCCCCACGGCCGCCACCGCCACCACCGAUGCCCCUGCGUCCCCGGCCGCUCCCGCUCCCGCGCUGGUCCCGACGCUGGUCCCGACGCCCGCCCGCUCCCCCUCGGCCUCCCCGGCUCCGGAGCGCCGGCCCCAGGUGGCCCAGUCGGGCGGCGCGGGCUUCUUCAGCUCCUUCAGCUCCAUCACCAACGUGGUCAAGCAGACGGCCGCCUCGGCCGGGCUGGUCGAUCAGGCGACCACUCCGACGCACAAGAAGUUCAAGAUCCUGCUGGUCAUCGACGAGCCACAACACGAGUGGGCAAAAGUCUUCCGCGGAAAGAAAGUUCAAGGAGAAUAUGACAUCAAAGUUGAGCAGGCGGAUUUUUCUGAGAUCAACCUUGUGGCUCAUGCUAAUGGGACCUGCAAUGUGGACAUGCAAGUGAUCAGGAAUGGAACUAAAGUGGUGCGGUCCUUCAAGCCUGAUUUUGUUCUCAUCCGACAACAUGCCUACAGCAUGGCAAAGAACGAGGAUUUCCGCAACAUGAUCAUCGGGCUGCAGUACGCCGGUGUCCCCAGUGUCAAUUCCCUGGAGUCCAUUUAUAACCUAUGUGACAAGCCAUGGGCGUUUGCUCAACUCAUCGGCACUUGCAAGAAGCUUGGCCCUGAUAAAUUCCCACUUAUUGAGCAGACUUACUAUCCAAACCACAAGGACAUGAUAUCCAUGCCCACAUUCCCAGUGGUGGUCAAAAUUGGCCAUGCCCAUUCCGGUAUGGGCAAGGUCAAAGUGGACAAUCAUAGUGACUUCCAGGACAUUGCUAGUGUGGUGGCUAUAACCCAGACCUACACCACCACAGAACCGUUCAUCGAUGCUAAAUAUGACAUCAGGGUCCAGAAGAUUGGAGGAGACUACAAGGCUUACAUGAGGACCUCCAUAUCAGGAAACUGGAAAUCAAACACAGGUUCUGCCAUGUUGGAACAAGUGGCCAUGACUGAUAAGUAUAAGCUGUGGGUAGACACUUGUGCUGACAUCUUUGGAGGUCUGGAUAUCUGUGCAGUAAAAGCCAUACAUGGAAAAGAUGGGAAGGACUACAUCACUGAGGUGGUUGGAUCCUCCAUGCCUCUGAUUGGAGAGCACCAGGGUGAAGACCGCCAACUCAUUGCUGAUGUGGUUUUAACCAAGAUGAACCAGGCGGGGAGCCGAGCCCCUGCACGCCCUCCCCAAAGGCCCACCCCCCCUGUUCAGCCCCCAGAGGGAGCCCCAGCGAAGGAGACUGUGACGGAAACCGCCAAGAUCCCUGGGCAGCGACCACCACCACAAGGGGGGCCCGUGCAGCCCCAAGAGCCCCAAACUCAGAGUAAGGAGUCUCCGUCAGAGCCAGCUCCCCGUGGGUCCUCCCCGGAACCAGCCCCGCCCAAGCCGACUCCAGCCCCACCCAAGCAGACUCCAACCCCACCCAAGCCGACUCCAGCCCCUCCUAAGCCGGCUCCACCCCCCACCACCCAGCAGCCCAAGCCCCAGCCUCAGGGGGUGUCUGCGCCCUCACCUGCUCCAGGCAAGCCCACCGAGCUCCCUCCCAAACCGCAGUCCCCCAAGCCUCUGCCCCCUAAGCCAGUGCCUCCGGUCCGGAGAAACUCCAAACCUCUGCUCCAGCCAAAGCCCCAGACCCCACCUCCAGCCAAAGCCUUCCCAAAGCCAGCUCCACCUGAGGCCCAAAGUCAGGCUGCGGCUCCCACUACGGCGCCAGCUGAUUCUGGCCCAGCGCAGGUCCAGUCCCCAGCCAAACCCCAGCCCCCGCCUAAGAACAUACCGAAAGAUCAGCCGCCGGCUGAAUCCCCCGCCCCCACCUCUCCUGCCCCUGUGGCAGCCCCAGCAGAUGCCCCAGAAGCCUCUGCCACACCUGCCGCUGCACCCAGCCAGGAGCAGCCCCCUGUGGAGGAGCAGGCCCAGCAGAAGUCCACCCACCCCCUGCUAAACAAGUCUCAGUCCCUGACCAAUGCCUUCAAUGCCUUUGGCGACACGUUCCGCUCCAGCAACGAGGAUGAAGCCAAGGCAGAGACCAUUCGGAACCUGAGGAAAUCUUUUGCCAGCCUGUUCUCAGACUAGUGGCUACAGCUGAGCUUAACUGACCUAUUUGUGUCCUGGUCCGAGAUUCAGUCUAAUGUAAAUGUAUACGUUCUAUAUUCCCUCCUACCUGACUAUAUGUGUGAGUAUGAAUUUGAAAUAUGGAGAGUGUUUGUACAGUAUCAGUUUGAGGUAAAAAAAAAAAUCUGUUUGUGUAUUGUGUUUAUACGUCAUAUGGGUCUGAACAUGGCUGUCUGUAUAAGGAGGGGAAUGUUAAUGUACUGUUGCAUGGUUACAAAACAUGGAUGGCAUCAGUGAGAGCAAAAGGAGGAGAGGUCAUGUGGAGUUACCCCUCGUCCCUCGAUGUUGUAGCCUUAUUGUGACCGUGUGUUUUUCCAGACAUGUAGCUGUGACUUCUGUUCCUUCCUUUACCCACCCCACUCUUGCAUAUAUCUAUAGAUCGAUCUCUUAUAUCACUCAGUAUAGAAACAUUAGUUCAGUAAUACCUCUCUUAAACAAGUGUCUUUUCAAUCAAGCAAUCUUUCCCAGUUCCCAGGUUCCUAUACUGUACUCAGUGCUGCAGAGCUGGAGUCUCUCUCCCCAGUUCUGACUCAGACAGAUACCCAUGUCUUAUCACCUGGCUUGGGAUCAAGUUGCUUUUACCCAUGAGUGCCAUGUAAGAGGUAGUGCCCUUGCGUAUUGUAUCGUAUUGUACGUGAGACAUCUCAGGAGUUUUUUUUCUUUAUUUUUGUAAAUUCAUUUAUCUCUGCCUCCAUACUCUUCAUGUUGUGUUCUCUUUGUACACAAUAUCUGCUUUGCAUGACUCGUUGAGGAUUGUUUCUUUUCUGUACAGGUGUCAAUAAAAGUGUGGCUCCACCA